CGAGAAAGCAUGUAGUUCGUUGUUCGGCACUCUCGACAUACCCAGGCUCAAAACAGAAACAGAAACAGAAACAGGAUCGUUUCCCGCCAUCGCCUGGGCCCUCUCGUCAAGACUCGAGUUCUCCUCCCCGGUACACCCCGGUCCGUGCAAUCCUGGUUAGGCCGAUGACCAUUCGCUUCUGUUGCCGUCUUUUCCAUUCAGACUGGCAGCCAAGAGCCAGUGUCUCGAGUGCCGCACAGCUGGGCUCGCCCCGCCGUCCUGCCCACCCACUGUCAGCGACCGCCCUGGCGGGUGCCGGCACCGCUUGGCCCUAAGGUCCUGGACAUCUUGUCUAACGCAGACCGACUGAGAGCGGGUCACAGCUCGCAAGCUCUCAAGGUUUUCCGUCGAGCCUCCCCAGGGAGGGCGAGGGCGACUAGGCGGGCUGUUCCUGAAGUGGAUCCGAGCCGGCUGGCCCGACAAGAGUCAUGGACACUCCCGACCCCCGGAUCCCUGAGCGGCCCUCCGCAAAGAGGUUCUCGGCGUCCCGCGCGGCCUCUCACUCGUUCUCUUUUGCUUCCUCCUCCAGUGCCGUGAACCCGGGCAUCCUCUCGUCCCUCACCGCUGGCAAGAGUCGUCACGCCGAACCCAUUGGCACCACCGACGUCUCGGUCGAGCCUGCCAGCCUGUCCAUGCCGCCGCCUGCCUCCCGGAACAGCAUUGGACGUCCUUCGCUUCCCGGCAGCAGCCGCCGCCCUUCCUCCUUCUCAGACUAUCGCGCCAUUGACCUGCCUGACGUCGCAGUCGACGACCACGCUAUUGACGACACCCCUCGACUGCUCACCGGCCACUACUAUCCAGACGGCAGCUUCUACUACCAGCUUCCAGAACCGACGCCUACAGACGAGGGCCGCAAAAGAGUCUCGAUAUCUUCGUUCCUCUCCGUAAAUUCUGUGCGCGGCCAGCUCAGCUCAUCUGGCUCAGCCACCGGAUCCGACAGUAGCCAGCCGAUCCCUCGAUCCGUCGCAGGCAUCAUGACGUCGGCAAAAGGUGUCGGCCUGCCUCCAUCGCAGUCCGAGGCCGGCCUGUCGAAUGUGACCAUCACCACAUCGUCCAACCCGAACGGGCACUCGCCUCAACCCGGCGCCGGUCUGCAGCUUACACCAAAGGAUGCCCAAAGCAAUGUUAGUCCUGCCGACCUCGUCAAGCGCAACCCAGCCCCCGUCAACACGAGCACGGUAUCGCGACCACAGCCUACAAGGUCUAGGAGCCGGGCCAAGCGACGAUUCAGCGGCAGCACAGCAAACAGUAGCCACAGCCCCAGCAGCGACAGAGGUCCGCAGAACAGAGAAAGGGAAGAAGUCAAGCCCGCUCCAUGGGGUAUCAUUGGUGUUUGUGCGCUCGACUCGAAGGCGCGGAGCAAGCCAAGCAGAAAUAUUCUCAACAGAAUCAUAGCGAAUCGGGAGUUUGAUGUCGUUGUCUUCGGCGACAAGACUAUUCUCGAUGAAGAGGUCGAAAACUGGCCCAUCUGUGACUACCUGAUCUCGUUCUUUUCCGACGGCUUCCCCUUGGACAAGGCGAUCAAGUAUGUCAAAGCUCGCAAGCCAUUUUGUGUCAAUGACUUGCCUAUGCAGAAAGUGCUCUGGGAUCGACGACUUUGCCUGCGGAUACUCGACCAGAUUGGCGUGCCUACCCCCAAGAGAAUCGAGAUCAGUCGUGAUGGGGGACCGGAGUUGUUGACGUCCGAUGUGGCAAAAUACGCAAAGGAUGUCUCUGGCAUCACACUCGAGCCUGCUGACUCUGCUCACUACCAGUCACCACAAAAGGUCGAACUGUUGGAAGACGGUGACGUACUAAGCGUCGAUGGCCAGCUUUUGAGGAAGCCGUUCGUAGAGAAGCCAACUAGCGGAGAGGACCACAACAUCAUUAUCUACUUUCCCAAGUCGGCUGGCGGAGGCGCCCGAAAACUCUUUCGAAAGAUUGGCAACAAAAGCUCCGAAUACGUCGAGGAUUUGAUGGUCCCCCGUGCCAUUACUGAAGGAGAGAGCAGUUUUGUCUACGAAAAGUUUAUGCAAGUUGACAAUGCGGAGGAUGUCAAAGCAUAUACUGUCGGACCUCAGUUCUGCCACGCCGAAACUCGCAAAUCCCCCGUUGUCGAUGGCGUCGUGAGGCGCAACACACAUGGCAAAGAAAUUCGAUAUGUGACAGAGCUCAAUGCAGACGAAAAGGAAAUGGCCAGCAAAAUCGCCACGACCUUCGGACAACGCGUUUGUGGCUUUGAUCUACUCCGAGUAGGCGGCAAGAGCUACGUAAUCGAUGUGAACGGCUGGAGCUUCGUCAAGGACAAUGAUACUUACUACGACCACUGCGCCAACAUCCUCAAGGAGACUUUCAAGAAGGAGCGUCUCCGCCGUGGUGGCGUGACUCCGUCAAUGCCCUCGCCAAGUCUUUCCGAUAACAGCGAUCCUAUGGCGAGAGCCAUGGCGAGCAGUCGCGACAGAGACCAGGCGAGUGGCACGCUGGCUCGAGACUCAACUCGAGCAGCCAGUACUGCUUCUGUUACGCCGGCCGACGGCCGCCAAGGGCCGAAGCCGGAAAACGCAGGUGCCGUUCUGCCUCAACAGGCCAAAGCAGAAAACCUAGGCACUGGCGUGCCAGCCAGCCAUCAGAGUGGUCGAAACAGCCCGUCACAGACACCUGUUGGAGUUGCGCAAGCAGGUACCUUGCCUAUGGAUAAGCCUUCAGCAGUACCUGUCACACCCUCAGAGCUGUUUGAGAACCUUGAAAGCCUGGAACGGGAACAGUCGACGCCGCCUCCACCGCCUCCCAAACAUUCGUGGAAGAUGAAGGGCAUGGUGUCCGUGAUCCGUCACGCCGACCGUACCCCAAAGCAGAAAUACAAAUUCACUUUCCACACACAACCAUUCAUCGAUCUCCUUAGGGGUCAUCAAGAGGAAGUUCUUCUUAUCGGCGAGGCUGCCCUGGCUAGUGUGCUGGAAGCCGUGGACACCGCCUUGAAGCAGGGAGAAGAGGAUCGAACGAAGCUUAAGACGCUCCGAAAUGUCCUGGCCAAGAAAGGCUUCUGGCCCGGAACGAAAGUGCAGAUCAAGCCCAUGUUUCGUAAGAAGAAGAACGCAGAGCCUUCGCCAACAGCCGAGAUCAGCAAGUCCUUACCAACAGCCCUCGUCAUGACCGCACCUGGCUCUGAGAAUGAUAAGGCGCCCAAGCCGACCGCUGUGGAUCAAACUGUCGAUACUUUGGAUGAUAUUGCGAACCAAGCAGUUCAAUCUGCAGAUGAGGCUGAUCAUCUUGUUCGAGGUGCACCCCGUCGGCAAGACUCCAUGUCAGGCGUUACCAUGUCCAAGUUCACCGCAGCAGAGAACAGCCUUGUGCUCGACAAACUUCAGUUGAUUGUGAAAUGGGGAGGAGAACCUACGCACUCCGCUCGAUAUCAAGCCCAAGAGCUUGGCCAGAACAUGAGGACCGACUACCUUCUCAUGAAUCGUGCUAUCCUGGACGAGGUUCAUGUCUUCAGCAGCUCUGAGAGGCGUGUAACGACGAGCGCCCAGAUCUGGGCUGCAUCGUUCCUCGACAAGAAAGAAAUACCAGAGGAUUUCAUCACGAUUCGCAAAGACCUGCUUGACGACUCGAAUGCGGCCAAGGACGAGAUGGACAAGGUUAAAAAGAAGUUGAAGGGUUUGCUGCGUAAGGGCAACGAGCGACCCCCACAAUUUGCUUGGCCCGAGGGAAUGCCAGAGCCUGCCGAAGUCCAGACCCGAGUCGUUCAGCUGAUGAAGUUCCACCGCCGUGUGAUGCAAUACAACUACGGAAGGCUUUACAGUGGCAGCGCGGUGCCGUCUUUGUCUGCUAUCAAUAACCCGGGACACGAAAAGACUCCUGGUGACACAUCCAAUACUUCAAUCGCCUCCUCGCUGUCGCAGGUCAACUCUGUCAACUCUGUCCAAUCUCGUUGGUGCUGCGGCGAAGACGCUGAACUGUUCCGCGAACGUUGGGAGAAGCUCUUUGCCGAGUUUUGCGACCACGAAAAGGUGGAUCCUAGCAAGAUAUCCGAAUUGUACGACACGAUGAAGUUUGAUGCUCUGCACAAUCGGCAAUUCCUGGAAUGGGUCUUCUCACCCCCUUCCAACAUGCUCGAAGAAGAAUUCGGUAUUGUAUUCGGAAAGGACGGAAAGUCUAUGUCGAUGACCUCGGAAGAUUUUGCUGCCAGACCAGUGCCGGACGACAAAUCUGAAAAGGGUGCCAACCUGACUUCUCCACCUUCGGAAAGAGCAGACAGGUCAGAGCGGCCUGAGCGCACUGAAAGAGCCGAGUCUGAGGCUCAGAAGACCGUUCGCCGGCUGUUCAGGAAACGAUCGUGGAUGAAACAUUCUAAUGAGACCGCUCAGGCUGAACAGUACUUUCACCUGCACAAGGGUGGCAGUCCUACCAAAGCCAAGACCGAGGCUCGAUUUGAGCCACUCAGAGAGAUGUAUCAACUCGCAAAAGUACUCUUCGACUUCAUUUGUCCGCAGGAGUACGGCAUCUCCAACAGCGAAAAGCUCGAGAUUGGCCUCCUUACUUCUCUACCGCUCCUCAAAGAAAUCGUGCAGGACCUGGAGGAGAUGCAGGCAUCCGACGAUGCCAAGUCCUUCUUCUACUUUACGAAGGAGUCCCACAUCUACACCCUACUAAACUGCAUUUUCGAAGGUGGCAUAGAGACAAAGAUCAAUCGCCGGACUAUACCCGAGUUGGAUUAUCUCUCCCAGAUCUGCUUUGAGCUCUACGAAUCAGAAAUUACGGUCGCUCCAGGCGCUCCUCCACCGGAACAGCCGACAUUCAACUACAGUAUCCGCAUCACUGUCAGCCCUGGCUGCCAUAUAUACGAUCCGCUUGACAUCCAGCUGGAUAGCAAGCACUGCAUCGGGUGUGCACCAAGGAGGAGCCUGACGCCGCACAGCGACUGGAAACAAGUCAUCGAAACGCUUCGCGCCAAAUUUCAUCAAGUCAAGCUGCCAAAGAGCUUUGUAGCAGUCAACCUGUCCGACGCCUUCACCUUCCAGGAGAAGGAGCAGCAUCAUUCCGACACCGAGGCCGCGCACAAAGGACAGGAAGAUGCUGAGGCAAAUGACGACGGGCUCGAAUUCAAAGCCGUUGAGCAUACCAAGCAGACUACUGCUACUGCUACUCCAACUGCUGAUGCUCAAUGAGCGUGCAUUGUUCACACCAACGAUACGCCGCUCGUGUUGAGCAGAUUGGCCAUUCCGUGGCAGCGGCCCUCUGGUCCUGACCACUGGAUCGUCGUUAGCGUUCUUCGAAAAACCAAUGAUUCCGAUCAUAUCUUUAUUUGCAAGUAGAUAUUACCAUCCAGCGCAAGCACAUCGAUUGUAGUAGAAGUAUAGGAUCAUACGCACAACACGGGAUUAUACAAUAGAAAACUGGGCGGCACAGCGCUGCGCGACGCCAGAAGGAGGCAGCAUAGUUUUACACUGUAGCGAUAAAUCUACCAUUUCUGACCCCAGACCGAUUUGUACCGGGCUGUCGUUGGGCAGGACUAGCCUGAUGUAACUUGGGCUGGCAUUUGCGUGCAGUGACAGCAAGUGCAAGUCUUGAACAAACCUUUACG